AUGCCACCGAAGUUGUUGAAGCGCUUGCCGCCGAAGAAGACGGCCCCGCCGGAGCCGCCGGAGGAGAGUGACGAGUUUGAGGUGGGCAACAUUCGCGUGGGCCCGCGUGGGGUGGAAUUCAUCGGCGGCGGCGAUUUGCAGGUGCGCCGCCCCGAUUUGAACAUCGACAACCUUAAGCGAGUCCGCCACCUAGGUCAGGGAACGCAGGGCAAUGUCUCCAUGUACGUCACGCCGGACCGGUCCGUCUUCGCCGUGAAGAAGAUUACGAUUCCGAGCACGGUGGACAACCGCACGCGGCAAACCGUUGCGGCAGAACUUCGCUACAUCUUCACGGCGCAGUCGAACGACUACACGGUGACGCUGUACAACGCCUUUUACCGCAACGGGGCCCUUCGGCUCGUGAUGGAGUACAUGGACUGGGGCAACAUUGAUGAGCUGAUCGCGGAGAAGGUGAAGCUGCCGGAGGAGGUGGCGGGGUACAUCGCAUCUCAGAUGCUGCACGCACUAGAGAUUCUGCACACCAAGUCGAACAUUGUGACGGAGCCGAACCAGCACAAGUCGCUCCGGCAGAUUCACCGCGACAUCAAACCCGCCAACGUCCUCCUUUCCUCAAACGGAUGUGUGAAGCUGGCAGACUUCGGCAUCGCGACGAGCGCUGAGACGAUCGGCGUCACCUCGUUUGUGGGUACGGCAACCUACAUGAGUCCAGAGCGCAUCCAGGGGCGCCGGUAUAGCACCCCGAGUGAUAUCUGGAGUGUGGGCGUAGUAGUGGCUCAGAUCAUGCUCGGCCGCUACCCGUUCUCCUCGGUGCAGAACGGCUUUAUGGCCCUGCUGCGCGAGAUCAAUAGUGUAGAGAAAUACCCCAUUAUGGAAACGACUGGGUGCAGCCAGGAGGCACAAGAUUUUAUCGACUCGUGCCUGCGCCAAAACCCUGAUGACCGCGGUACGGCGGUGGACCUGCUGAAGAGUCCGUGGAUUGUGCACUGCGAGGAGCACGGCAAGGAGGCGUUGGUGAAGUUAUUAGCUUCCUUUGGCGAUCGCAAUCGUCAGUACCACGAGGACGACUCCUUUCACGUAACGGCGAGUGAGAUUCUCACCCCGAGCGGGACGCGUGAGUUGCUGCCUAAGGAUGGUAGUACAAGGGAGUUCUCCCCCUAG